GAGAAAGAACGCUCCACACCACUGUCGCGUCUUUUUGCGACACAUCACGUCAUUUUACGUUCGUGUUGUAUUGAGCCGUAAAGCGUAACGCUUUGAGUCGGUGGAAGGUUAAAGCGAGUCCUACAAAACACGCAUCAUGCCGUUGGUGGACGUGCAGUCGCGGCUCGGCAUCGACAUAGACCGCUGGAUGCUAGUGCAGAGCGGGCAGCAGCCCAACCAGAGAGCCGCACGCUGCCACGCCUUCGAGAAGGAGUGGAUCGAAUGCUCUCACGGCAUCGGGCAGACCCGCGCCAAACAGGAGUGCAAGCUGGAGUUUGAGGAUUUCUAUGAGUGCAUGCACAGGCAGAAGACGCACCAGAGGCUGUACGCCAUCCGUCAGCAGCGGGACAAGAUGGUGAAGGAGGGGACAUACACACCUCCACCCUGCCACUCAGGCAAGGCAGACCAAGCACCCUGAGGGAACACACACCUGUCUGCUGUUCUGUUCUUGUGUAUAGUUAACCAGAGAUCAAUAUUUCCUGUUCACCUGUACAAGUUUGCAAAUAAAUGUUAUCACCCACUGUC